AUGUAUAAAUAUUUUUACAGUCGUAAUAAAAGGAUAAUUAUCUAUCUGUCUGUCUGUCUAUCUAUCUAUCUCCCUAUCUAUCUAUCUAUUUAUCUAUCUGCCAUCGUAUAUAAAAUCGAAAUGCUACUCGAGCGGCCCGGACGUCGCUCUUGUUGGGCCCCAGACAGUCGGGCGACCUGUAACAGACGUGACAUCGGCGCGCAAUUGCCAGUUGAGUUGGCUGGGGUAUGUAUAAAAAUAUGUUCAUAUUUAACAUACCUGACUGUCUAUUUGAAUUAUCUAUCUAUCUAUCUAUCUAUCUAUCUAUCUAUCUAUCUAAAUGUGUUGCUUCCAAAAAAAAAAAAAUACUACUUGGCCCAUUUUUUAUAUGUACAUCUAUCUAUCUAUCUAUCUAUCUAUCUAUCUAUCUAUCUGACGCAAAUAAUUCAACCUUAUAUUGAUCUUUCGAUCGAUUUUUUAUUCUCUCAAUAUUUUAAUCCAUUUUUCAAUAUUUAUUCUUUCUAUCUAUCAAUCUAUCUAUCUAUCUAUCUAUCUAUCUAUCUCAUUCCUUUUAUUCCUUUUUUUCUAUAUAUCUCUCACUCUGUAUCUCCCUAA